AUGACAUCAAAUUCCACAUGUUCUACAGCACUCACUCAUGCUUUAGUAUUAAAAUUUUUGGAAAACAAUAAUUAUGUAAAAACCUUGGAAUCCUUUCGUCAAGACGCACAAGAAAUUAUCGAAAAUGAGGAAAUAUUUGAGCAAGAUAAUGAAUAUACCAAAAAACCAUUAAUGGCAAUCAUUCAGGAAUAUUUAAUGAAUCAACUACAAUCUAAUAUGGAAAAUAUGUCGUUAGAAAGAAUUAUUGAUGAUGAUUUGAUUACACCGGGAAAUAAUGAAUAUCCUCGAUAUCUUUGCGAAUCAUUCUCACAAAUCCAUAUCAACAACAUUUUAAGUGUACGGUUACAAACACUUUCAAUUAGAAGUUUUAAUAAUGGAGAGUACCAAUUCUCGGAAAUUCCUACCAUAAUUACCGGUUCAGCGGAUAAAUCUAUUCGUUUAACAUCAUUGCUCACAGGAGAUACAUUUAGCAUUUGUAAUGAUGUUCAUAAAGGCGGAAUACUUUGUCUGGAUUGUCAUCCAAUUUAUAAUCAUUUAUUGUUAAUAGGAUCAAUGGACUCAACAUGUACGUUAAUAAAUGUUCAUGCAAUGAAUGUAGUACAAACAUUUAAAGAUCAUACGAAAUAUGUCGUCAGAUCAAAAUUUUCAAUGGAUGGAAAAAUGAUCGUGACAGCAUCUUAUGAUCACAAGGUUAACUUUUACAAGGUUGGAAAUGAAGAAAUGUUAUCACGUACUUCAUUAACCCCUAAUACACCGAAUACAACUUUACCAAGUUAUAAUAAGAUUCAUUCGAUAACCUUUGUUGGAAAUAUUGAAUCCAUGUGUUUCUUACCGGACAAUCAAUAUUUGGUCGUUGGUGUACGUGGUGAUAAUUACCUUCAUUAUAUUAAUUUAUCGAAUUUUAUCGAUAAAAAAUAUAAUAUGAAUAGUAAUGGUGAUGAUUGGGUUUCAUUUACUCCAAUGGAUAUUUCCCCUUCUCCACAGAAUCACGGAAGAUAUCUUUUGGUUUCAACUGAUGAUGAAAAUGGUAGAAUCAUUUUGUUUCGCACUCAUUCUUCUCAACAGGUUUUCAACUUUUAUGAUUUGGAAUUCAUCCCUGAUAGAAAAUUAACUAAUCCUAGACAUUGUUGGCAUCCCAAUGGAAAAUAUUUCUUCACUUUUGGUGUAGAUUCCAUCAUCAGAAUUUUUGAUGUUGCCACUAAAUCUAUUGUUCAUAAAUUGGAAGGUCAUAAGGAUAUAGUUAGAGAUCUAUGGUUUGAUCAAUAUAGGAAUUUAUUAGUUUCUUGCGGUUUCGACAAAACUGUUAAAAUUUGGAGUGUUGACGACGUGGGUCACGAUAAUACCAAUGGAAUGAGCAUGUGA